AUGGAUAAGGCUGAGUACGGCACAAAACUAGGCAACCUCUUGGUGGACAAGGAAUCUUAUGCGCCAUCGACCGUCAGCGAGUUUAAGAAGCUCGUAAACAGCAUAGACAAUACGAUCGGCAAGCUGAGGAAGGCGGGAGCUCUUACGAGAAGGGAAGCGUUGGCCGCAAAAGCCAGUGAUACCGCGAUGGCGCGCUUCUACGGCCUACCACAGGUCCACAAGCAGGGGGUGCCGCUACGCCCCAUCGUCUCCUUACGUGGUACUCCAACCGUGGGGCUGUCAAACUGGCUGUACCAGCAACUUUGCUUCCUUACCAAGGAUUCGGAGUGGACAGUGAAGUCGGCUGAAGAGUUCUUGACGCACAUUAAACAUCUCGAGGUGGAGGCAGAUGAGGUGAUGGUGUCAUUCGACGUGAUCUCAUUAUUUACCUCCAUCCCACCUGCGCUGGCUAUCGACACUAUUGAUGGCUUUCUCCGGUAA